AGUCCCGGCCCUGCCAUGGCCCCAGCGGGCUGUGGGGCGCUCCUGGGCCUGGCCCUGUGUGCCGCGGCCGGCGCCGCUUUCCUCUACCACGACUACUGUGUCAUCGGGGCGGGCCCCGCCGGCCUGCAGGCAGCCUAUUUCCUCCAGCGGGCAGGCCGGGACUACGUGGUCUUCGAGCGGAGCCACGCUCCGGGCAGCUUCUUCGCCCUCUACCCGCGCCACCGCAAGCUCAUCAGCAUCAACAAGCGCUACACGGGCAAGCGCAACGGCGAGUUCAACCUCCGCCACGACUGGAACUCCCUCCUCAGCCACGACCGGCGGCUGCUUUUCCCACGCUACUCCCGCGACUUCUUCCCGCCCGCGGACGCCAUGGUGCGUUACCUGGAGGACUUCGCCUCCCGGCUGAGGCUGCGGGUCCGGUACAACACGGCCAUCGUGCACGUGACGCUGGAGCGGAGCCGGCAGGCCUGGAGCGGCCACUAUUUCCUCCUGACUGACCAGGACCGGCAGAACUACAAGUGCAGCUCCUUGUUGGUCGCCACUGGGACGUGGGUCCCCAACGUAGUCAACUUUCCUGGCUCAGAGUAUGUUGAGGGCUAUGAGACUGUGUCCAUCAACCCGGAGGAUUUUGCUGGCCAGACUGUGUUGAUCUUGGGCCGAGGGAACUCGGCUUUUGAGACAGCAGAGAACAUUCUGGGCGUCACAAAUUUCAUCCACAUGGUGAGCAGGUCCCGUGUGCGCCUCUCCUGGGCCACUCACUACGUCGGGGAUCUGAGAGCAAUUAACAACGGCCUGCUGGACACCUACCAGCUGAAAUCUCUGGAUGGGCUGCUAGAGGGCGACCUGGAGGAUCUGGCUAUUGUCAAGGACAAGAAAGGGAAGCUGCACAUCACGCUCCGGUUCUACCUGGAGGACAGAAACACCAGCGCAGGUGUCGACUCCAUCACCCUCCCACAGGAUGAGCUGGAUAAUUUUGCCACCCGCGCACCUUACGACCGUGUCAUCCGCUGCCUGGGCUGGAAGUUUGACUUCUCCAUCUACAACAGAUCCCUUAAAUUGAUGCCAGGAAAAGGGACUAAAAAGAAGUAUCCUCAGAUCAAACCUAGUUACGAGUCCAGAGGCACUCGAGGGCUUUUUGUUCUCGGCACUGCUAGCCACUCUGUUGACUUCAGGAAAUCUGCUGGGGGCUUUAUCCAUGGAUUCCGGUAUACAACUCGUGCUGUCCACCGCCUAUUGGAAAACCGUCACCAUGGUGUCCCCUGGCCAACCACAGUCUACCCUAUUACACAGCUGACCAAUUCCAUCAUCAAGCGGGUGAACGAAGCCUCAGGCCUCUACCAGAUGUUCAGUGUCCUGGCUGACAUCAUACUGCUGAGAGAGAAUGCCACAGCAUUUGAAUAUCUGGAAGAGUACCCAGUUGGAGUCCUGGCCGAGCUGGAAAUGCAGACAGGAAGAAAGGCUCCCAAUGGGUUGUUUGUCAUCGUCAUGGAGUAUGGGAGGAAUUUCUCUGGAGCUGACAAGGAUGUCUUCUACUACAACCGAGCUGUGGGAGAGGCACAGCAUGCCUGGCAGUCCAACUUUUUGCACCCUGUUAUAUACUAUUACAAACGUCUCCCAACAGAGCGUGAGAUGAGGCUUCGGCCCCCAGACUGGCCUCUCCCCCGCCCAGAUGCCAUCCAUCACAUUGUGGAGGACUUCCUGACAGACUGGACAGCCCCCAACGCUCACAUCCUGCCACUGAGGCGGUUUCUGGAGAAUUGCCUCGGCACUGACCUGCGCAACUUCUUUGCAGAGUCCUGUUUCCUGUUUGCCCUCACCCGCCAGAAGCUGCCUCCCUGCUGUCAGCAGGGGUAUGUGAGGAUGCAGGGGCUCCUGGGCAGCAAGAGGCUCCGGCGCCACGCAGCAGAAGCUGGCCUGCUGCAGGACAACACUCUCACAGACCUUUUGGGAGACAGACCCCCUGACAGCUACACAGGGUCACAGGACCAGCUGCUGAGGGACCAUGUGAUACCGGUUCGUCCGCUGCAGCAUCUUGUUAAUGCCAAGGAUGAGCUUUAACCUGUCUCGCUGCACAUGGAAACCCACUGGUGCUGUUGUGACAAUAUCGUAACAGAGAUCCACGGCAGGAUUCUGCCCUUUCCCCUGCACCUUCUCCAUCCCCUCACCUUCCACUGAUCACAAGUUGCCAAAGACCUGCUCAGAUCUUGCUGUUACAAAGAGGACCAACGUGCUCUGGAGGAUAAGUGAGAGGCCAAAACCUAGUGAUGCUGCUGCUCCCACCUUGUCCUUGUUCAGAGCUGCCUGAAGAUGGCGUUUUGUCUCCCAGACAAACAUCUGCAGCGAUGCCCAGGGGUCACAGAAGAGGGUGCAGGAGCACCCGAGUAACUUAAAUGUCACAUCUCCCUUCAGAGGUGACCUGCUCACAGCCUGUGGCAGCCCAGUGUGGGCUCUCCAGCCCUUGGAUGCCAUACAGUGCCGUAUACUUGAAGAUUCAUUUGUGCGCCGAUCCUUGGAAGUGGUGCUCCAGGCAAACUUCCUGGUAUUUCUUCCUGAAUUUGAGUUAGGGCAGUUGUGCAGCUUGAGUGAAGAGGGCUGGUUUGUAGUUACUGUAAAGGCGGGAUAAUUUGUCAUUUCCCACAGAGCACUACAAGGGACCCUUUCCUCCACAGAGGAUGAGUAGGUUGCCUGGAAUGCUUGGGAUGCAGAGACUUGAGCUCUCCUCACAUUUUCCUUCCCCUGCACCAAGCAGCCUGAAAGGUUAGCCCCUGUCUUUUAUAAAGCAUGACCAAUAUUUCUCCUAUUUGCACUAUGUCCUGUCAAGAAAGUUUUGAGUAGAGUUCGAUGUUGUUAAA